CACUGUGCCACACAGAAAGUUAUUUAUCCACAAACCCGAUAUGGCAAGUUACCUUCCUAACUCUCUUCUCCAUUAUUCACCAGCAAGUUGAAGAUCCAAAAACAUAGAAGAAAGAAUAGAGAGAGAGAGAGAGAGAUUGUGUGAGAGAUGGGAAGGGGUAAGAUUGAGAUCAAAAGAAUUGAGAACUCAAGCAACAGGCAAGUUACCUACUCAAAGAGAAAAAAUGGAAUCCUGAAGAAGGCGAAGGAAAUCACUGUUUUAUGCGAUGCUCAAGUUUCCCUUAUCAUCUUUGCUGCAUCUGGAAAGAUGCAUGACUACAUCAGCCCUUCAACCACGUUGGUUGACAUGCUGGAGAGGUACCACAAAACUUCCGGGAAGAGGCUUUGGGAUGCAAAGCAUGAGAACUUAAACGGCGAAAUAGAGAGACUCAAGAAAGAGAAUGACGGCAUGCAAAUUGAGCUCAGGCACUUGAAAGGAGAUGAUAUCAAUUCACUGAACUACAAGGAGUUGAUGGCAUUAGAGGCUGGCUUAGAAAAUGGCCUUGAAAGUGUCCGCGAGAAACAGAUGGAAGUAUACAGAGUGUGCAGGAGAAACGACAAGAUCUUGGAGGAGGAGAACAGGGAACUUAAUUUUAUCCUGCAACAACGAAUGGCAGUUGAAGGUGCGAGAGAUGCAGACAAUGAAUUUGAUCAGAGCGUAAGGGAUUUCAAUUCCCAGAUGCCAUUUGCCUUCCGUGUUCAACCAAUGCAGCCAAAUCUUCAAGAAAGGAUCUAAAUUCGCUUCUACGUACGCUCUCUGGCCACAACUUUUGGAUCAUAAACUCCAUUUUGGCAUUUUCACAAUCAGGUGUCACAACUCUUGAUCAUAAACUAUGUUGGUAUUUCAAUAUAAUAAAGUGGCUGAACAUGGUUUUCUGAGGUUAAGAUAUAUACUAGUAUAUGAUUGUGUUUCCUACCCUUAAUCUUAGGUCAUAAUAGGACCUUUCAUUGGG